AUGGCCGACUCACAGGCGAAUCGUCCCCAUCGCCCGGCCAAGGAGAAGAAGGCGCAUUCUGGAGGUCCGAAUCCAAAGGCAUUUGCGUAUGCGGCGCCAGGCAGGUUCAAGAAGCAAGCUGCGCGCUCCACUGAGGUCAAGGAAAAGCGUCUCCAUGUCCCUCUCGUCGACCGCCUCCCCGAAGAAGCGCCCCCCAUCAUCGUGGGUGUCGUUGGCCCACCAGGCGUCGGAAAAACAACACUCAUAAAGUCCCUCAUCAGACGCUACACCAAGCAGACACUCUCUACCCCCACCGGGCCCCUCACUGUCGUCACCUCGAAGCGCCGCCGCCUCACCUUUAUAGAAUGUCCUGCCGACUCGCUCGCAGCCAUGAUCGAUAUCGCCAAGGUGGUGGAUAUCUGCCUCCUCAUGAUUGACGGCAACUACGGCUUCGAAAUGGAGACCAUGGAGUUCCUUAAUGUGCUCAGCGCAAGCGGCAUGCCAGGAAAUGUCUUCGGUAUCCUCACACACCUCGACCUGUUUCGCAAGCAAGAAACACUCAAACUGCAAAAGAAGCGCCUAAAGCACCGUUUCUGGAGCGAACUGUACCAGGGCGCUAAACUCUUUUACUUGAGUGGUGUGGUCAAUGGGCGGUACCCAGACAGGGAGAUUAUGAAUCUGAGUCGCUUUUUGAGCGUGAUGAAGAACCCGCGACCGCUUAUCUGGAGGAAUAGCCACCCCUAUUGUCUUGCGGAUCGAAUGCUCGAUAUCACGCCCCCGACCGACAUUGAAGCGGAUCCGAAAUGCGAUCGUACCGUUGCGCUGUACGGAUACCUCCGCGGUACAAAUUUCCCUGCAGGAGGAUCGAGGGUGCAUAUACCUGGUGUUGGCGAUCUUACAGUCACCUCCACCGAAGCACUACCUGACCCAUGUCCAACGCCGUUUGCAGAAAAGGCAGCGGAGAAGCUGGGUGCCAAGAAGAAGAGGACACGACUUGGCGAGAAGCAGAAGAUUCUCUAUGCACCCAUGUCGGAUGUUGGUGGUGUCUUGGUCGACAAAGACGCCGUGUAUAUCGAUGUCAAGACGUCAACAUUUGAUCCUGAGGCAGAUUAUUCCGAGAAGGGACUUGGUGAGCAGAUGAUGAUUGGUCUUCAGGGUGGCAGGAAACUCCUCGGCGAGGACGAGGGCGGGUUUAGGCUUUUCAAUAAUGGCCAGGUCAUUAAUAAAAUCGAGGACGAUGAUGUCGAAGACACGGGACGAACGUCACAUCGCCAGGCUAGGAAGGCGGAUGCGGAUGAGGUUGAUGAUGCUGAUCUUGAAGGUAUCGACAGCGACGAUGAGGAACUGCAGCAAGACCACAGCGAGGACGAGGACGAUGAGGAUGAUACUGGGUUUCUGGAUAGCCGAACUGCGUCAUCGCAUGGCAAACAUAAGUUUGGGCGUCAAGAGAAGGACGCGAAUGGCGAUGUUGCAGAAGAAGUGGCAUUUGCCGACAGCGACUCGGAUCUCGGGUCGAUAAGUGGAGAUGAGCCUGAUCUUUCCGACCUCGAAAACGGCAGUUUCGAUUCGCAAGAAGAAGAUGACGACGACGACGACGACGAAGAUGGUACGCUGCGCUGGAAAGCCAAUCUCAGGGAGAAUGCGACCAAGCUCCACGGAAAGAAACGGCCGUAUCGCGUCACAGACUUGGCGAAACUCAUGUACAACAUGGAUCUCACACCCAAGGAUGUUGUCAAAAAGUGGACAGCCGAAGACGAAGAAGAAGAAGAAAACAUUGAGGAGGGAGACGAAGAUGAAGGUUUCUUCAAGAAGUCUAAAUUUGGUGAUGCGGAUGAUGAGGAUCGCUAUAUCCAGCGCUUCGACUACUCUAAGCUCGCCGAGAAGUGGGCAGAUGAGGAGAACAUUCAAGCAUUAAUGAGUCGGUUCGCUACAGGCCAUAUGAAUGGCAAGGGCGAUGAUGACGAAGAUGGCGAUGACUUCGAAGGUUUCGACGAAGAUGACGAAGGCGAUGGCGAAUUUGAAGACUUGGAGACUGGCGAGAAGCACAGUGGUGGGCAGGAGAAGGAAAAGACGGAAGCUGAAGCCGAGGCCAACUCGAUAGAAGCUGAGCGUGAGAAGAACGCGAAGAGGAAGGAGGAACUCAAGCUCCGUUUCGAAGAGGAAGAUCGCGAAGGCUUCAUGAACGACAAAGCUGAUGCACGUAAAGAAGGUGGCCAAGAGGAAGAGUUUGGAGAGGAUGACUGGUACGAUGCGCAAAAGGCCAUGAUUCAGAAGCAGCUCGACAUCAAUCGUGCCGAGUUCGACCAAUUGGACGAGCUAUCCCGAGUACGGGUUCAGGGUCACAAAGCUGGCACAUAUGCACGCAUCGUGCUCGAGAAGGUCCCUUAUGAGUUCACCGCACACUUCAACCCACGCUUUCCUAUUCUUAUCGGCGGUUUGACACCUACGGAAGAACGCUUUGGAUAUGUGCAGAUCCGCAUCAAGCGUCACCGGUGGCACAAGAAGAUCCUCAAGACUAAUGAUCCGCUUAUUUUCUCCCUAGGAUGGCGACGUUUCCAAACCCUCCCCAUCUACUCCAUCUCCGACUCGCGAACGAGAAACCGGAUGCUCAAGUACACACCCGAGCACAUGCAUUGCUUCGGAACCUUCUACGGCCCUCUUGUUGCGCCCAACACGGGCUUCAUCUGCAUCCAGUCGCUGUCCAACAAGACGCCCGGUUUUCGAAUCGCAGCAACAGGCGUGGUGCUGAACGUGGACGAGUCCACAGAAAUCGUCAAGAAGUUGAAACUCACCGGCCACCCAUACAAGAUUUUCAAAAACACGGCGUUUAUAAAAGACAUGUUCAAGUCGUCGCUCGAGAUUGCAAAGUUUGAAGGCGCAAGCAUCCGCACCGUCUCCGGUGUACGCGGGCAAAUCAAACGCGCCCUCAGCAAGCCCGAAGGCAACUUCCGCGCCACCUUUGAAGACAAGAUUCUCAUGAGCGAUAUCGUCUUCCUCCGAGCCUGGUACCCGAUCAAGCCCCGCCGCUUCUACAACACGGUAACCAACCUGCUUAACCCCGCCACUCCCGACCAACCGGGCGAGUCCACCAGCUGGCAAGGCAUGCGCCUCACAGGCCUCGUGCGCCACGAAAACGGCCUGCAGACGCCGAGCGAGAAGAACAGCGCGUACCGACCCGUGGUCCGUGAAACCCGCGUCUUCAACCCGCUCCGCGUGCCCCGCAAACUCGCCGCCGACCUGCCCUUCAAAUCCCAAAUCGCAACCAUGAAGCCCCAGAAGAAGCAGACCUAUCUCCAGAAACGCGCGGUUGUGCUCGGUGGCGAGGAGAAGAAGGCGCGCAGGCUGUUGGAUCAGGUGCAGACGAUUCGCAACGAGAAGGUCGAGCGCCGCCGGGCGAAGCAGGAGGAGCGCAAGGAGGGGUAUAAGCGCAAGGUGGCGGAGAAUGCGGAGAAGAAAGGUGAGAGGGAGCGUAGGGAGAAGCAGGAGUUUUGGGCGAGGGAGGGGAAGAAGAGAGGGAGGCAGGAGGAUGGCGGGCAGAGUAGAGGGGGCGGGGGGAAGAGGAGGAAGUAG